AUGGAUUGCCUGUUCUCGAUUCGCAUUCAGCGCAACACGUCAAGAAAGCUUGCUGACGAGCCCUCAUCUCCCACCGAUAUUUCAUUAUUGAUUGGAGCGGACUUUUAUUGGGGAGUUGUGACUGGAGCAACCGCCCGUUUAUCAGAUUACCUGGUGGCAGUUGAAACUCUGUUUGGGUGGACGAUUCAAGGCUCAGGCAGGAAUGCCAGCGGUGGUCACGGUCACAUCCCGUCGGUUCAUGUUCUCCAUGUUGAGGUGCACCAGGAAGAUACCAACGUCAUCGACCAGCAACUCUCCGCCUUUUGGGAGUUAGAGCAUUUGGGCAUAAUUGAUCGCCACCAGUCCGACUCCGACGGUGACACUGUCCUGCGCAAGUUCUGGUCCACAGCGCAGUUGUUAAACGGUCGUUACACCGUGCGCUUGCCUUGGAAGUCGGAAGCGCCUGAAGCAUUGGGUGACAACAAGAAGCUGGCGGUCCAGAGGCUGGAUAGUACCAUCAAAAGAUUACGGAGAGACCAAACGUUGCUGGAAGAAUAUGAUUCCUCCAUACGUCAGUAUUUGCGUCUUCAACACGCUGAACGGGUCCUACAACCGGAGUUGGUGGCCGGGCCUCUCUAUUAUAUGCCGCACCACGCAGUCAUCCGAAGGGACCGCGAGACAACAAAGGUUCGAAUUGUGUUUGAUGCCUCGUCGAAGGCUCACGGUUCUCUCUCUCUCAACGAAGCUCUUCACGCCGGCCCUAACCUUAACCCUGACGUUCUGCAAUUGCUGUUGCGGUUUCGAUCUUAUCAUGUGGCUCUCACAGCGGAUAUAGAGAAGGCGUUUUUACAGAUCGUGCUGGACAGUGCUGACCGAGAUUGUUUGCGUUUUCUGUGGUAUGCCACGACGCCACGAGCAGGCGAACCGUUGCCCCCAGUAGAAAUUUGGCGCAUGACACGAGUGCCUUUUGGAGCCAAGUCCAGUCCCUUUCUUCUCGCUGCCACUAUACGUCACCACCUGAGAGCAGCAGAAGAGACAUACCCACGCACGGCGUCCUUACUUUCCAGCCAUUUCUAUGUGGACGACCUCGUUGUUGGUAUGCCAUCGCCGGAAGAGGCACUUACUGUUUACCACGAGUCGCGGCAAAUCUUCCGCGACGCGGGCAUGAAACUGGUUAAGUGGACGAGCAAUGAUGCUCAUCUCCGGGCUACCUUUGACGCCGAUGGGACAGGAAGUUCGACCACGUCGCCACUAAGGAAGGUCCUAGGAAUCGUUUGGGAUAUCGAGACAGAUGAAAUUCGGUAUCCGUUGAAGUCAAUAUCGGAGUUCCUGGAGCAACGGUCGAAUACCAAACGGUAUGCACUGCAAGCAGUGGCUCGCAUUUAUGAUCCCUUGGGCUAUGUGGCGCCUUUCGUGUUGACAGCCAAGAUUUUGCUACAACGGAUUUGGCUCUCCAAGAUGAGUUGGGACGAAGAACUACCAGAAGACCUGAUGGGAGUGUGGUCGUCUUGGUGCCAGCAGGUGCCUUUAUUGUCUCGCGUCUCGUUACCACGGCGGCUCGGCGGGAAGAUGUCGGAGGGCAGCAUCGCGCUGCAUAUGUUUUGCGACGCGAGUCCGCGAGCAUACGGUGCGGCCGCAUACCUGGUGACGCUCGACAGGGACGGUCAUUACAGUGCGGAUCUUCUUUUGGCAAAGUCUCGGGUGGCCCCGGUCAAAACGGUCUCCUUACCGAGACUCGAGUUAAUGGGUGCCGUCAUCGCGACCAGGCUUAUGAGAUUCUUACAGACGACGUUAUCUCUGUCCACCGUACCCACGGUGUUAUGGACGGACUCUGAGAUAACACUCUACUGGAUUUACGGAUCGACGAACGACUGGAAACCUUUUGUACAGAACCGGGUGUCGGAGAUACGGGCUGGUACGGAGCCUAGUCAGUGGCGUCACUGCCCCGGCAAAGAAAAUCCCGCGGAUCUUCUCACGAGAGGCACUUCAUGCCUCCAAUUGCUGAACAACAGUGUAUGGUGGCAGGGGCCCUCGUGGCUUAUGGCUCAAAAGUCUUGGCCGCCAGCAUGGCGUACUCCGGAUGAACCCUGCGUCGAGGUACGAAACGAAACAAAGGCCCAGACGGCGUGCUGCGUACCCAUCUUGGCUACUACUACCCUAAUGGAUGUUGCCAAAUACAGUUCACUCCACCGUCUGCUGAGAGUUACCGCUUGGGUGUCAAGAUUCCUGCACAACUGUAGGCAUACCACAGCCGAAAGGAGGGGACCAUUGACGGCCGCCGAGGUAGUUGCAGCGGAAACAUACUGGGUCACAGCGGCACAGCGUCAAAAUUUCGGUUCUCAUCCCGCGGUGCACAAGUCCUUACAAAAUGUGUUUGUCUUCCAUGAUGACGAUGGUGUUCUCCGUUUGACGGGCCGCCUUCAGUACAGUGAUUUUGAAGAAACCCAGAGGCAUCCCAUCGUCAUUCCCGCUGACCACCCGUUCACCGCUCUUUUAGUUUUCCGGGCUCAUGUCAGGCUUCUGCAUGCUGGAGUUCAGGAGACACUCGCCGCGCUUCGGGAAGAGUACUGGGUUCUCCGUGGUCGUCAGGCUGUGAAGAGGAUCCUAAAUGGAUGUCGCACUUGCCGACGAGCAAAGGUUCAGGCGUGCACAGAAGUUACCGCUCCGCUACCACGAGACCGCUUGUCACAGUCCGCACCAUUUGAAGUGACAGGCACCGAUUUUGCGGGUCCACUGUACUACAAGUGUUCAAAAGGCGGCGGAAGAAAGUGCUACAUCCUGAUUUUUACCUGUGCCGUCACUAGGGCUGUUCACCUAGAGCUGACGAAGUCUAUGACUACCAAGGAUUUCCUAAUGGCUCUUACAAGGUUCGUAUCAAGACGGGGCGUACCCGCCACUAUAUAUUCAGACAAUUUUCGGACAUUCAAGCGAGCCAGUCGCGAACUCACCCCUGCCUGGUUGUCACAAAACGCUCAGGUAAACGUAUUCUUGACUGCACGACGGAUCACCUGGAAAUUCAUAGUGGAGCGAGGAGCAUGGUGGGGUGGGUUUUGGGAACGCCUGAUUCGCAGUACCAAAACCUGCCUGCGUACAGUCCUGGGUCGAAGCGCCCUCCGCUACGAAGAACUCUCUACCGUUCUCACAGAGGUGGGGGCGGUGAUGAAUUCUCGGCCUCUGACGUAUCUGUCCGAAGAUCCAGACGACCUUUCUGCCGUCACGCCGUCACACUUUCUGAUUGGGCAAAGGCUCACCGCGCUUCCGUGUCGCGAACCCGAAGCAGGAACAACAUCUACAACGCAACAGUUGAGACGCCGGUGGACGUAUAGGGAAGAAUUGACUCAUCAAUGCUGGAAGAAGUGGGUUAAAACGUACAUCCUCCUCCUGAGAUCGGCCAACGUCUGCAAGGCCGUACCAUCACACAGCGUCGCCGUCGGGGACCUAGUACUCAUUGCUGCGGAGUCAAGGCCGCGAACAUCGUGGCCUCUAGGACGUGUGAGUCACGUAACACAGAGCCCAGAUGGAAGGGUUAGAUCCUGUAGGAUCAACUUGCCAGGAGGGAAAACCGUAAGCCGGCCAGUACAACUUCUCUACAAAUUGGAAGCUGAUUGA